GGCUCGGCCAAUGAGCGGCCGGGCGGGCGCGGGGGGCGGGGCCGCGCCGCCAUGGGGCUGCUGACCAUCCUGAAGAAGCUCCGCGAGAAGGAGCGGGAGCUGCGGCUGCUCGUGCUCGGAUUGGACAACGCCGGGAAGACGACGCUGCUGAAGCGGCUGAACGGGGAGGACGUGGGCGGCACCUCCCCCACCCUCGGCUUCAACAUCAAAACCCUGGAGCACCGCGGGUUCCGGCUGCACCUCUGGGACGUGGGCGGGCAGCGCUCUCUCCGCUCCUAUUGGCGCAAUUACUUCGAGAGCACCGACGCGCUGCUCUGGGUGGUCGACAGCAGCGACCGACAGCGGCUGCGGCUCUGCGCCACCGAGCUGAGGGCGCUGCUGCGCGAGGAGCGCCUGGCCGGGGCCGCCCUGCUCGUGUUCGCCAACAAGCAGGACCUGCCGGGGGCGCUGCCGGCCGCCGACAUCCGGGAGGCGCUGGAGCUGGACUCGAUCCGCAGCCACCGGUGGCGCCUUCAGGGCUGUUCGGCCUUCACGGGCCGCGACCUCCUGCCCGGCCUGGACUGGCUGCUGGACGAGCUGGGGGCGCGCCUCUGCCCCCCGGACUGACCCCGAGUGACCACGAGUGACCACUGACCCCCCCGAGUGACCACUGACCACAAGUGACCACCCCGAGUGACCCCCAGACUGACCCCGAGUGACCACUGACCCCGAGUGACCGCCAGACUGACCCAGAGUGACCACCGGAGUGACCACUGACCCCGAGUGACCCCUGACUGACCCCGAGUGACCACCAGAGUGACCACUGACCCCGAGUGACCCACAGACUGACCCCAAGUGACCCCCAGACUGACCCUGAGUGACCACUGACUCCGAGUGACCACCGGAGUGACCCCCAGACUGACCCAGAGUGACCACCGGAGUGACCACUGACCCCGAGUGACCCCCAGACUGACCCCAAGUGACCACAAGUGACUCCCAGACUGACCCCGGGUGACCCCUGACCCCGGGUGACCCCCAGACUGACCCCGGGUGACCACUGACCCCGAGUGACCCCCAGACUGACCCCGAGUGACCACCAGAGUGACCACUGACCCCAAGUGACCCCCAGACUGACCCCAAGUGACCACAAGUGACCCCCAGACUGACCCCGGGUGACCCCCGGACUGACCCCGGCUGACCCCUGACCCCGGGUAACCCCUGACUGACCCCGGCUGACCUGGGGGUCGCGGGGUCGCGGCCAGUGCCAAUAAAGCCGUUGGACACGU